ACAUGUGUGUGAGAUCUGUGAGGUUCGCACGUCAUCGGCUUUCGUCUGCCCUACGUUUUCACCUUCGUUUAUUCGCACUUGUUCGUCAUCCUCAACGUGUCAGCGCAUACCGGCUGCAGCUGGUGUAUUUUUAGCCUAAUACGGUUUGCUGCACCGACUGCUCUCUGCGGCUCGUUGUGUGAUUCUCCCGAGAACGUGACACAUUUUUCAUCUCUAUUGAUUGCAUCAAGUGGGAUCGACGCUUGCAAAAUUAAAGCUCGUUGAAAAGAAGAAGAUGGGUCCAUGUCAUUAUUGAUCUUGUCCAAGAUGCGUGCUUUUAUCCGCCGACAACCGUAUACGCACUCGACACCGCGCAUCAGCGGCUUUUGAAUUUGGCGCCAGUCAACGUCACCGCGACGACAUUAUGAUGAUUCAUCUUCGACGUCAGCGUCAUCUGCGUUGUUAUUCUGGAAUUCGCGGAAUGACGAAAUGGAACUCACAUCAAGAGCCAUCGUCUGAUGCUGAUCCAGGAUAAAUAAAAUUCGGCGGUUAUUUGCAAUUUAUUUAGUUAUGAUUUGCGAUAACGAUUAACGUCAAUGGAUCAUCAGUAACGACUGGUGAGUAUUUUAAAGGAGGCCAGCGGGCCAACUUUGCUGCUGAAUGUUGUUUGGAGAGUCGAGGACAACGAUAGGUAUAAUCGCGCGGAGCCUGCCAAGUGAACUUCAACACACAACAGCUGACGACUCUUCCGUGAAUUUUUUAUUCUCCCUUUUGUUGAGUCAUCAAAACCGUAUGUAUACAAAGAGAACAAUAAAGUUUACAAGGCUGUAACGAGAUUUUUUUAUUGCAACUACUCAUCCAAGGACACUAGCGAUUAUUAUCGAGAAAUACAGACUGUGCAUCAAAACAAAAGCAUUCCAUAAGGCAGCUUUGAACUUUUAUUUUUUUUUAAGACAACAGAUUUGUCUAGUCUACAGCGUGCCUUUUGAAGUUUUUUACACUGUUAAACGACACAAACAAACCAUUAGAAGAGGAGGAGAGAUACUUUCUAUACAAGUUUAUGGGAAAAAGCAGACCAAUGGAUAUCAGUAGCGAUUAUGACAGCGAUCAUCCUUCAAUUGAGCAUCCAAGAAGUAUUGUCCAUAUAGACGUUGAUUACUUUUAUGCCCAGGUUGAGAUGAUGCGCCAUCCAGAAUUUCAAGGAAAACCAUUGGGUGUGCAGCAGAAGAAUAUAGUAGUUACAUGUAAUUAUGAAGCUCGAGCUUUUGGUGUUAAGAAAUGUAUGUUGAUCGAAGAGGCUCUACGUUUAUGUCCAAGUUUGAUUUUGGUUAAAGGCGAAGAUUUGACACCGUAUAGACGAAUGUCUGCCAAAAUUUUAGAACUUUUACACCAGUUUACGUCAUCAGUAGAGAAGUUGGGACUUGAUGAAAAUUUUAUUGAUGUUACGUCAGUGGUCAAUGAAUAUACGACACGUAUUGGGAACAAUUCCAAAAGUUCACAACACGAUGAAAAUACUACAAGAGAGGAGAGUACUUUUGUACAGCAAGAAGAUAUGGAUCACUGUAUGCCAGUUGGUAAAAUAUUUAGUACACCAGAGGAAGAAUGUCCGUGUGGAUGUCACACACGUUUAGCUGUGGCAAGUUCGAUUGCCAUGGAUAUGAGAAGUAAGAUACUAAACGAAUUAGGCCUAACUUGUAGUGCAGGGAUUGCACACAAUAAAUUGUUGGCAAAAUUGGGUGGUGCUGUUAACAAACCUAAUCAACAGACUGUAGUUUAUCCAUGCUCUGCAGCAAGUUUGCUUUCUUCCUUGGGAUCUGUCUCAAAAAUUCCAGGUGUUGGGCGUAGAACAGCCGAGUCUUUAACAGCUAAUAAUAUUUUAACAGUUGAUGAUGUACGUAAGACACCUUUGGAACGAUUGCAAGUAAAGAUCGGGAAGGAACUAGCUAGAAAAAUAAAAGAUUAUGCGGAAGGUAUCGAUGAUACACCUGUAAAGCCAUCAGGAAGGCCUCAGUCCAUUGGAUUGGAGGAUGGCUUUAAAAAAGUUUCAUUGGUUGACGAAGUGGAGUCUCGUCUUAGUGCUUUACUAAGGAGAUUGACUGAAUUGGCAGCUGAAGAUGGGAGAAUUCCAAUUUGUCUAAAAUUAACUGUGAGGAAGCAGGACAGUAUAAACAAGCCUGCUGCUGCUGGUUCCUCAACGGGAAAGCGAGAAAGUAGGCAGUGCGCUAUUCCAUCACAUCUUGUUCCUUCAAGUAAAGGAGCCAAAGGAACUCAUCUUUAUGAUCAUACGAAAAUUUUAGCUCUUGUUAUGAAAUUAUUUCAUCGCGUUGUUGAUAUCUCUAAGCCGUUUCAUUUAACUCUGUUAGGUUUGGCGUUCACGAAAUUUCAAGAAGAAAAAUGUUCGGGUAAAAAUAGCAUUGCGUCGUUUUUACGAAAACAAGUUGCUGUGCAGUCUGUUAUGGAUAUUAGUUCAGAAGAUUGCUUAUCGGAUGUAAGUUUAGGUUCUCCCAUGAGUAUCAGCAAUCAGCAGGAAAGAAGCGAUUGCGAAGAGGAAAAUGACGAGGAAUUCAGAGAAAAUAAAGAUUUUGGAAACAAAGUACAACAAAUUCAGUCCAAUUCCUGUCAUCGUCUUCGAAAUUACGAUAGAGCUACUCCAAGUCCGAUAGACAUUCGUUAUAGCGGUGACGACGACGAGGAUAUUCUAAGCGAAGUUGAACCUUCACCAAAAAAAACCAAACUGGAAGUUUGGUUGAGCGGACGGAGAGAGUCACCCAGUAUCGAGAUGGCUGACUUGAGACUCAAUACUCCUUCAUCAUCACCAAUAUCGAAAUCUCUGUUGCAAUCUGGACCAACAACUUUUAAAUCCACAAUACCUAUCGAUCUUGAUAAGCAAGUGAAUCAUUCCUGGCCCGCGAAUACGAGCGGCAAAAAACCAAAUGAUAUAUUUAAAUAUUUUAUUGCGAACAAGUGACCGACUUAACAACGUCUAGAUUAUUCCUUUAAAGUAAAUUAAAUUUUAUCAUAGCGUUUUUUACUAUUUUUUUUUUCUAUAAGUGAAAGGGUCAAAAUGUGAUUAAGCAUGGUGCGCGAAAGUCGUAUAUACUCUAUUAAUUUCCCUGCAGGGCAGGGUAAACGAACAAAUAAAGCAGCUUGCACAUAGCUGCCAAGAUUACUUUAUACUUAAUGUUAUAAAAAAAGUUGUGCAUAGUUAACUUGUAAAAAUUUUGCAUUAUUUUCAGGUCCUAAGAGUUGAUAUAAAACAAGAAAUGUCAAUAUUUUUUACAGCCAGUGUUAUAUUUAAAGGUGUAACAUCAAAAAUAAAUUAUCCAUGUUUCUUAAAAAAUAA